GGUGGAGGACGACGAGGAGGAGGAGGGGGGGGACAGGGGACCAUGGCGGCGGCCCCGCGGUCCUUCAGCGCCGCCGAGGUGCGGUCCCGCUGCGCGGAGGGCGCCUGCCUGGUCCGGUGCCGCCGCCGCCUCUACGACCUGAGCGGCUUCGUGCGGCUGCACCCGGGGGGGGAGCAGCUCCUCCGCCGACGGGCCGGUACCGACGUGAGCCGGGCCCUGGACGGACCCCCCCACCGGCACUCCGCCAACGCCCGCCGCUGGCUGGAGCAGUACUACGUGGGGGACAUGGAGAGCGGCGACGAGCAGAUCUACCCUGAGCCCGUGGAUGAGAAGGAGGUGGACACCACCGCCCAGACUCCAAGGGGGAUGGACCCCCGCUGCAAACCGGUGGACGAGGAGAAGGACCUGGUGGACUGGCGGAAGCCCUUGCUGUGGCAAGUGGGCUACCUGGGGGAGAAGUAUGACGAGUGGGUUCACCAGCCCGUGGAUCGACCCAUCCGCCUCUUCCACUCGGAUAUCCUCGAGUACCUCUCCAAGACGGCGUGGUACGUGGUGUUCAUCGUGUGGGCUCCCGUGGUGCUCUAUCUCAGCUGGGUCAGCUACACCUCCCUCGCCCAGGGCAACACCAGGCUCUUCUCCUCCUUCACCACAGAGUACUCCAUCCCCGUCCACAAAUACUACUUCCCCUUCAUCUUCCUCCUGGGGAUGUUCCUGUGGUCCCUGCUCGAGUACCUCAUCCACCGCUUCGUCUUCCACAUGAAGCCGCCCGCCAGCAACUACUAUCUGAUCACGCUGCACUUCUUGCUGCACGGGCAGCAUCACAAGUCUCCCUUUGACAGCUCCCGCCUGGUCUUCCCUCCCGUGCCAGCCUCGCUGGUGAUGGGCUUCUUCUACGGCAUCCUGAAGCUCAUGCUGCCCGAGGUGCUGGGGCUCUCGGUGUUCGUCGGGGGGCUCUGCGGCUACGUCAUCUACGACAUGAUGCACUAUUACCUCCACUACGGCUCGCCAAAGAAGGGCACCUACCUGUAUGGACUGAAGGCUUAUCAUGUCAAGCACCACUUUGAACACCAAAAAUCAGGCUUUGGCAUCAGCACCCGCUUUUGGGAUCACCCCUUCCGGACGCUCAUCCCUGAGGAGACCUUCGAGAAGGAGGAUUGACGGUCCCAGCGCGGCGCCCGGUUGCCAGCUCCAUCCCUCCCUAGCCCUCCUGGAGGCCGGCUGGCCCACCACCCAACUCCUCCACCUUCCUGGGGGCUGUGGCCACACACCAGAGCAUCCCCGUGGUCCAGCUGUGGUGCUCCAUGGGGGAUUGGGGAUGGAGGGCUGGGGGGGGGCGAGGAUGUGGGGAAAGGGGAAGGAGGCGGUUGCGGGGCUCCCUGGGAGGGGGUCCUGCCCCUUCCUCGCCGCCCUCCCGCUCCAGGACACGGAUGCACGGGCAGGUCUGCUGCCUGAGAGAUGAAGUGCCUAAUGUCCUCCUCCUCCACCCCAGCACCUCACCAGAGCCCCCCUCCACCCCAAGUCCCUGGACACCCACCCUGGGGUGCCCAACAUGCUGCAGUUAACCUUGUCAUCUAACUCAUGCCGAGGGGCUUCCAUAUUCCGGGUCCUUCUCCCGGCCCCGAAACCAGCACAGGGUUUUCUCCACCUGCAGCCCUUGGGGUGGGGGUCCCCAUGGGUCUGGAUUUUUGCCUUAUUCUAACCGGUGCCCCCGUAUCUUUCUGCCAGAUUCGUCAAGUUCACGGUUUUUUGUAGACAGUGACUACUUGAAACUCAACAUCCAAUGAAACAGAAUUGCUACGAGAUGCCUUUUUUUUUUUUUUUGCUGAUCCUGUGAUUAUUAUUAUAUUUUUUUUUUUCUAAUGUUUACUGCUGAUAUUUAAAGGUUCGGAAUAAAGUUAUAUAUAAAAAGUGUAGACACUACAAUUGUAAAUAAACUGUAUAUUUUGAAAAAAAAAAAAA